AUGAAUAUUAUGAUCAUAAAACACGACGUUCCAGAGACAUUUAGGGGCACUAUAUCUGAAGAAAUAAAAAGUGUUAAAGAUUUUCUUGAUGAAAUUGAAAAGCAUUUUGCUAAAAACGAUAAGACGAAAACAAGCACACUCCUUCAAAGCUUGAUUUCUAUAAAAUCACCGGCGCCGUUGAUUCUCAUAACCGGAAUUCCCCAUUUUCAGAAAAUGGCUUUAGGUGGAGGAGGUCCCCAAAGAGGAAGUGCAGCUGCUACUGCAAGCAUGAGGAGAAGGAAAACAGCAGGUGGUGGAGCCUCUGGAGGAGCAGCUGGAACUAUGCUUCAAUUUUACACCGAUGAUGCUCCUGGACUCAGAAUCUCUCCUAGAUCAGUAAAAAUAUCCUCCCCACACGUGGACCAAAACUUUUGA